GCCGCCCAGCAUCAAUAUUUAUGGAGGUGAAAGGAUGGGUGACACCAUCACAAUAGUGUGUUCAUCUGUCCACUCGUGUCCAUACAGCAAACCCAACAUCAUUCUGAAAGGGAUAGAAGGAACUGACAAAAUAAUCAAUGAGCAAAAUAAUGAUGGCCUGUGGAAAAUCACUCUGACACGCACAGGUGUCAUAAAAGCAGAAAGCUCCACUAUUGAGUGUUCAGUAACACAUCAUGGUGGCAUAACAGUGGCAGCUACAAAAGAUAUAAGUGCACAGUGUAAGUGAACAUAAAUAUGGACUGCUUUGUGUGCUAUUAGCAAUAAGAUCAUUUUAAAUAUCACAUCUGGACCUGUUAAAAGAUUUCAGUUUCAUUUUAGGUGUUCAUCAAAAAAUGAUGAUUGAGCCUGAACUGGCAGAAUUCACAGAGGGCGUCGCAAAGAACUUCAUUUGUUCCGUCUAUCACUCCUGCCAGAAAGAGACUCCAACCAUCACAUGGAACUAUGAGAACAUGCAGGUCUCAACGGGGACGAACCCACUUUCUGGUUUAGAUCGGAUCACCUAUUCCAACAUAACCUUUCUGGGUUCAAAACAAGACCAUGGGAAGAAACUGAUUUGUACUGCAAAAUUUUCUGGAGGAAAAACUGAAACCUCUGUUGUUUUACAUGUACAACGUGUUAUGAAGUAUGAUGUUUUGGGAUUGGAAGUGAGAAUGCCAAAAGAAAUUCAUGGCCUCCAGGGUUCCUGUCUGGUUAUACCAUGUUCUUUCUCUUACACGUCAAAACCACCCAAAGACCCACGUAGAGUUGUGUGGUAUCAGUGGGUCUCUGACGGUUCUUCUUUAGUUUAUGAUCCUUUGCACGCAGGUGAUGUCAUUGAGAAGUUUAAAGGAAAAACUGAUUUAUAUGGAAACUCAACUUGGGAAUGCAGUCUGCUGAUCAAAAUCCUGGAACAGUCCCAUCAUGAAGAGAAAUUAUACACAAGGAUUGACCCUGAAAAUGUUGAGUGGCACACCUACAAAUUUGAUGAUGUCACCUCUACAAUCCUUGUCAAUGCAAGUUCACAGCCGCCCAGCAUCAAUAUUUAUGGAGGUGAAAGGAUGGGUGACACCAUCACAAUAGUGUGUUCAGCUGUCCACUCGUGUCCAUACAGCAAACCCAACAUCAUUCUGAAAGGUAUAGAAGGAACUGACAAAAUAGGCAAUGAGCAAAAUAAUGAUGGCCUGUGGAAAAUCACUCUGACACGCACAGGUGACAUAAAAGCAGAAAGCUCCACUAUUGAGUGUUCAGUAACACAUCAUGGUGGCAUAACAGUGACAGCUACAAAGGUCAAAAGGGCACAGUGUGUUCAUCAAAAAAUGAUGAUUGAGCCUGAACUGGCAGAAUUCUCAGAGGGCGUCGCAAAGAACUUCACUUGUUCCGUCUAUCACUCCUGCCAGAAAGAGACUCCAACCAUCACAUGGAACUAUGAGAACAUGCAGGUCUCAACGGGGACGAACCCACUUUCUGGUUUAGAUCGGAUCACCUAUUCCAGGAUAACCUUUCUGGGUUCAAAACAAGACCAUGGGAAGAAACUGAUUUGUACUGCAGUAUUUUCUGGAGGAAACACUGAAACCUCUGUUGUUUUACAUGUACAACGUGUUAUGAAGUAUGAUGUUUUGGGAUUGGAAGUGAGAAUGCCAAAAGAAAUUCAUGGCCUCCAGGGUUCCUGUCUGGUUAUACCAUGUUCUUUCUCUUACACGUCAAAACCACCCAAAGACCCACGUAGAGUUGUGUGGUAUCAGUGGGUCUCUGACGGUUCUCCUUUAGUUUAUGAUCCUUUGCACGCAGGUGAUGUCAUUGAGAAGUUUAAAGGAAAAACUGAUUUAUAUGGAAACUCAACUUGGGAAUGCAGUCUGCUGAUCAAAAUCCUGGAACAGUCCCAUCAUGGAGAGAAAUUAUACACAAGGAUUGACCCUGAAAAUGUUGUGUGGCGCACCUACAAAUUUGAUGAUGUCACCUCUACAAUCCUUGUCAAUGCAAAUCCACAGCCACCCAGCAUCAAUAUUUAUGGAGGUGAAAGGAUGGGUGACACCAUCACAAUAGUGUGUUCAGCUGUCCACUCGUGUCCAUACAGCAAACCCAACAUCAUUCUGAAAGGGAUAGAAGGAACUGACAAAACAGACAAUGAGGAAAAUAUUGAUGGCCUGUGGAAAAUCACUCUGACACGCACAGGUGUCAUAAAAGCAGAAAGCUCCACUAUUGAGUGUUCAGUAACACAUCAUGGUGGCAAACCAGUGACAGCUACAAAAGACAUAAGUGCACAGUGUGUUCAUCAAAAAAUAACAAUUGAGCCUGAACUAGCAGAUGUCACAGAGGGCGUCGCAAAGAACUUCACUUGUUCCGUCUAUCACUCCUGCCAGAAAGAGACUCCAACCAUCACAUGGAACUAUGAGAACAUGCAGGUCUCAACUGGGAGGAACGCACUUUCUGGUUUAGAUCAGAUAACAUAUUCCAACAUAACCUUUCUGGGUUCCAUAGAUGAUCAUGGAAAGAAAUUGAUUUGCACUGCACAAUUUUCUGGACAAAGCACAGAAACCUAUGUUGUCUUACAUGUAAAACAGUAUCAAAAACCAGUGGAUCCAAUCCAGAAUGAAACUUUUUUUCAGUAUGAGGCAGAUGUGAUACCCAAGAUCACUGCGUUGCCUCGUUCCUGUGUGGUAAUACCGUGCAGUUUCAAGAUGGCAGAAGAAUUUGUCACUCAACUUCGUGUUCUUUGGGUCACCAAAAAAGGUGGCUACAUGUUCCACACAGACUCACAUGACGUCUUAGACAACUUUAAAGACCGUACAAGGCUUCUCGGAAACCCAGAUGAGCAGAACUGUACUGUGGAGAUGGAUAAUGUGCAAACUCAUGACAACGGGCCAUUCUGCUUCAGAGCAGAAAAAGAAAAUGAGAAAUAUAGUUUCAACAACAGCUGUGUGUUCAUUAUAAUGCGAGCAUCUCCUGACAAACCUGUGAUGUCGUCCCUCCCUGAAGACCUCGAGCCCGGGACACGCGUCACCGUCAAAUGUUCAGUCAACCACACAUGCUCCUCUCACCCUCCCAAAAUUACCUGGAGCGUCCCAACAGCCCGAGAAACUAUCAGUCACAAUCACAUGGGUGGAGGCGUCUGGGAAACAGUGUCCACUGUGAUCUUCAUUCCAACUGGAUAUGAAGAAAAAGAUGAAAUUGUCUGCAGUGCCAACUUUUGGGGUGGUAAAACUCAACAGAACAAUACUGCCUUCCUGAGUGUUAAGAGAGUUCAAGAAAUUAAAUUGGAGACUCUCGGGCUUUAUGCCAUUGCUCCAUCACUUGUGUUCAUCCUCAUUUGUGUACUUGCUGGAGUCUGCAUAUACAAGAGACGGCACAGACAACCUCGUCAAGAUAUACAAGGGUUACAAACACAGUCUGAACAUAGGAGAUCACUUUGGAACAGAUUUUCAAGUCAUUUUGAUAUGCCUGAUGGAAGAGCAGCUUGGACUAACAGAGGAAACAGGAGUGAUAUCAGGAACAUUGAAAAUGCUCCUGCAAGACCACCAAAGCCUGAACAAAGACGGAGCAUCUGGAGCCGCUUUUCUAGACACCAAUCACCCAGAAACAAUGCAAAUCUGAGAGUAGAAUACAAAGCAAACAACACAUGUACAGUGUCAGGAAAUAAGCCUUUCUCCAAACCUCAUAUUCCAUCACCAAAGAGUGAGCCAAAAUCCUACCGUGGUUCUGAUUAUAAUGCUGCUUGCACCAACCUAUAUGGAAAUAUCUAAUGAAAAUGAAACAUCAUCGGAUCUGUGCAUUAGCAAUUGCAGCAUGUGCUCGGAGUUUGAGUCCAGAUCACGUAAUUUCCCCAUCCUGUUCGUCUGUUCAACAUUGUUUUAUUGAUGACAACAAUGUGAAAUGGAUACGAAAAACAAAAAAAAAACAACAACAAAAAAAUGUUAUGAUCCUAUGCUUCAGGAAGUUUCCAAUUUUAUACACGCAAAUACAUAAAUACUUUUUUCCUGUCUGUAGUUUGUAACUGUGUAUUGAUUUUAACAUGCUUUCAUGCUUCAUAUAUUAUUCUGUAUAAUUUUUUUUUUUUUUGAAAACAAAAUACCUUUUGUAUGUAACUGUAUUACAAUUACUUUUUUACUUUUUUUUUUUUUUUUUGCAUGAAAUUAAUCUUGUACUACCUUUCUUUAAAAUAAAGAAACAUAAGUUUGUUUAAGUGUUCACAGUUUUUUUGUUUGUUUGUCUCAUAGUUCCUUUUAUAUAUAUAAAAGGAACUAUGAGACAUAUAAAUAUAUAUCAAAGCAAUAACAACAUAGCUCCCCUUCUCUUUCUGACCCCAACCUUAAGCCUUCAUUAACUUCAUGAAUUUUAUAUUUUGCUGUGCUUGAUACUAGAUUCUUACCCAGUCCAGUUGUUUUGAUUACUAACUUGAAUGUUAGUAAUAAAAAAGGGAAAUUAUUUACAUUUAAGUAUAAGCAAAAUGCAGAAAAGUAAUUUAUUUUGAAGCCACUUUCACUUCUCAGUUUGGUAGUUUCUUGAUAGAGGGCACAGAUGAAAACAUCCAAAGAUGGGCAGAAAGCACACACACACACACACACACACACACAUGCACACACACACACACACGCACACACACAGACACACACACACACACAAUAAAUGAUUAGUAACAAAAUGCUACUGUAGAUAUGGAUAUUUGAAAUAAGUUAUAGGUAAGAAAACGCUUAUUCCAGGUUUCACUUUUAAAACAAAAUGUUCAGGUUUCAUUGUAAUUGUAAUGUGAUAUUAUUGCAAAGACAUUCCUCAGAUGAACAAAUGAAGUGGUAAACCUUGACAAAAUAUGAUGUGAAAUGUUAUUAUAAUGAUUUUAUAAAGUUUAAAUAUGAUUUU